GCAUUGAAAGAAGGGAGAUUACUGAGUUUACAGACAGUUUUGCUAGGAUACAACCACUAAGGGCUUUACUCUUCCAUACUCCAAAAAACCUGAAAGAUGGGGUUAGCAGACUAUAAAGAUGCUAUUGGUACUGCUGCCAGCGCUUCAUCUUUUGUUCUCCUUUUAUCUCCAGUGUUUCUUUGCUUGAAGAUAUGGAAGAACAAAUCCUCUCAAGGAAUUCCAUUCUUUCCUCUCAUGGAGAUGAUGGCAAGGAGUGUUCUACUUGUCCAGCAAGGUCUGUUGAUGAAGGUCAAGCCGAUGGUCUUCACUCAUUCAAUCGGAAUUAUGCUCAACCUGGUGUACGUCACUGUAUAUGUCUCCUUCACGAAGGAUAAGAGAGAUGUAAAGAAGAGUCUUUGGCGCCUGGUGGCUUUCCUAGCACCACUAGUAGCCUAUGCUCACUAUGAAGACAAAGCAUUGGUUGAAUACAGGUUUGGAAAUAUCACAACAACGUUGACAAUUUCGUUGAUGUUUUAUCAUCUGUAUCACCUUAAACACGUGUUCAAAACUAAGGACACCAAGGAUCUGCCCUUUCCAAUCCUCGUAGCAGCAGCGCUGGUGACAUUUUUGUGGACACUUUACGGAACAGCCAUCAACAAACCGUUUAUCCAGAUCCAGACAGGUUUUGGGUUUCUCGUAUGUUUGUUUGAACUGAGUCUGUUUUUGGUGUUUCCAAGCAAACCUGAACAGAAGAAAACUGACUGAUACACUUAAGCCAUAUGUGUUUUAUAAAAAUGUAUGUAAAUAUUUUUAGUAUAAGUAAUUUUUUGUUGACUAAUAAAUGUUUAAAGUUAUAAAUCAGUUUUUGGC